AGAUAAUCACGAUGCAAGAAGCUUUCUGAAGAGGCAAAGUGAGGUGAGCAACAUCACUGGCACAGAUUCCUCCUUCAGUUGACGAACAAGAGGAUUUAUUGACAGCAUCAUAUAAGAACAAACCAAGCUGAUGAAAAUCAUUUAAAGGACAGUUUCUCUGGACUGCAACAAGACAACAUGGCAAGUCUAACUCAUCAGCUGUUGUCACUUACAGUUGUUCUCGGUGCUGUUCAACUCAUCAGUGGUUACAGCUACAACAACUGCAUUGAAGACCCGAACUACAAUGGACGUUUCAACUGUAUCCAGCGGAAGGAAAAGAACAUGGCUGCUAUUAUAAAUGACCUGCCGCGGUCUGCCAUCAACCUCACCAUCUCAUUUAGUUCUCUGUCGCACAUUCCCGGCAAGAGCUUUGUUCAUCUACCAAACCUUCAAAACCUCACAAUAGAUCAGAGUCAGUUGAAGAUCAUCGAUCCACUUGCUUUCCAGAACUUGCAUCAACUUAAGUCUCUAAAUAUGUCCUUUAACUUCAUAUCACAGCUCAACUCUUCUGUGUUCCAGGACCUGCACAAGCUCACCUUUCUCUCGCUGACCCACAAUGCAUUAGAGCAGCUCCCUGAGGACAUUUUCUCCCCUCUUAACGAACUGAACACGUUAAUCAUGAGUCAAAACCGUCUGACAAACUUUUCAGGGAUCGCCGAGUCUGUCUCAUAUCUAAACAAUCUGACGGAACUAGAUCUGAGCUCCAACAAAUUGACCUCUCUCGCCCACUUAACUGUGUCACUACCCAAAUCCCUCACUACAUUAUAUAUAUCGAGUAAUAAUCUCUUUACAUUAGGAUGUAAGCAUUCGUUUCUCAAGUUCAUCCAGGUGCUAGAUUUGUCGUAUAAUCCUCAGCUCCAUACGAUGGCUUUUCUAAAUGUGGAUUUAAGGCGUAUAAACUAUCUGCGUUUGCGUUCAACAAGUGUCGAGGUCAUGGAGUUGCUAAACAUCAGCAAUGUCAACGCAGGUAACGUUGAUUUUUCUGACAUGGGUCUAAAAGAUAGCAAACUGGUCAAGGAUCUAUGCAUAUUGUUAAAGACAAAGGUGGAAUGGAUUAAUAAAUUAGACCUGGGUAGUAAUGGGAUUAAGAAUCUAAGAGACCACACACUUAACUAUUGUCCUAAUAUCACCCAAGCUUUGGAUCUAUCCAACAACAAACUCAACAGCAUAACUUGUCUUAACUUUCUCACUAACCAGACGAUGCUAAAAAGCGUCAAAGUAGAACAUAACUAUCUCACCUCCCUCCCAUCCUGUAAAACACAAAACAUGGUUCGCUUUGAAAAUCUUGAAAAGCUGAGCUAUCGUUACAACCGCAUCCUCUCAGUCGACUCUUCUGCUUUCUAUCAUACACCGAAUGUCACGACGCUAAUGCUCAACAUAAACACGAUCGCUUUCCUCCACCGCAAAGCUCUCAAAGGGCUAAAGAGCCUGGAGACGCUCCGUUUGGACAAUAACCUCUUAACUGAUUUGUUCAAUGACACCUUUGAAGAUAAUUUCAACCUGCAAAUCCUUAACCUACGCAACAAUCGAAUCUCUGUCAUUUUUAAUGGGACCUUCCUCAGUCUGAGGAAUCUGACCACACUGGACCUAGGAGGGAAUAAGAUCAGUCAUAUUCAACCAUCUGGCCUUGAUGGACUAACACGUCUGUCCAAAUUCUAUCUAGAUGGAAACAAACUCAAGCAGAUUGACACUUCCCUCCAUCUUGUAUUUCAAGACACACUAACUGUGCUGGAUUUACAGAGUAAUGAGAUUUGCUUCCUCAAUAAAAAUAUCAGUUCACCAUUUAUGAAGCUCAGCAAACUCAGGGAUCUGAAACUGGACGGGCAGCGGCCGCACGGCUUCAUAGUUUUACCUGAUACUAUUUUCCGUGGCCUCCACUCACUGAAGUCUCUCUAUCUCACUAACAAUAACAUAUUCCAUCUUCCUCCUGAUGCCUUUGAUGAUCUGACAGGCUUGAAGUUCCUCACAUUGGAUAACUGCUGUGUUGGGGUGGCACAACUACAACCAGGAGUCUUUAAAAAUCUAAGAAAUUUGACCAGAUUGAUAGUAGAAAAUAUGGGCAUUCAGAACUUCUCAAAGGAGGUUUUUGGGAAUCUUACACAGUUAAGAACACUACAACUCAACCACAAUGUGAUGAAGACAAUUCACGUCGAUGCACUAGAAAGUUUACCUAAACUCCACUACCUUGACGUACGUAAUGUUCCUUUAAGCUGCACCUGCAAGAACAGCUUGCUGCAAAACUGGACAGUAUAUAGCUCACAUGUCCAGGUGGUCGAUCUCUACCACCUGCAGUGCUCACACGAAGCAAAAAUCAAAUUCUAUAACUUUGACACCGAAGUUUGUUACAUAGAUCUAGGAAAGUACAUGUUCUUUAGCACAGCGGCUGUGAUCUUCCUGUUCACACUAACUCCUUUACUUUGUGUCAAACUUUACUGGAAAUUUAAGUAUGGCUACUAUACGUUCCGUUCUUGGUUUGGUGUGCAGUGGCGCAGACUCAGAAAGGAGGAGGAAAAUUGUCAAUAUGAUGCAUUUAUUUCCUAUAAUUCCUCUGAUGAACAAUGGGUCAUGGACCAGUUAGUGCCCAACCUGGAGGGGAAUGGAUCGUCUUUUAAACUUUGCCUACAUCACAGGGACUUUGAGGUGGGUCGGCACAUUGUGGACAACAUCGUCUCUGCUGUCAAUAGUAGCCGUAAAACUAUUUGUGUGGUGAGCAGGAACUUCCUAAGAAGUGAGUGGUGUUCUCUGGAAAUACAACUGGCCAGCUACAGACUCUUCGACGAUCACCGGGACGUUCUCCUGCUCGUGUUUCUGGAGCAAAUCUCUAAAGGGCAGGUGUCGUUGUAUCACCGCAUGAGGAAAGUCAUGUUAAAAAAGACUUAUCUGCAGUGGCCAAGCUCAGACUGCACUGACCCGACGCAGGCCCAAGAGCUGUUUUGGAAAAAGCUACGUAGGGCAAUGAGAAGCGGGAGCAGAGUCGAAACAGAAGAAAAUGGCAGUGAAGGUCGUAAAGAAGAAAUGUUUGAGACUCGCACAUCAGAUGAAAACUAUUACUUGCUACCUUGAAAAGAUUUGACAACUAUUUGUGAUUUUCGAGACAAAUCUUUAAGUACGUUAAAUAAAUGUUAAAUGUUCUGCUGCCGGGAGAAGCUCGUGAAAAUAUGGUGUAAAUGCGUAGUGUGAUGCAUUGUACUGUAAGACUAAUAAUAACAUAACUUAUGCAAGCAUGAAUCAGAAAUGUAAUUCAAUUAUAUUUAUGACAUUGCAUGUCUUUUUAUUAUGCGUUUCAAUGUCGCCCACAUACACAACACAAUAUCAAAAGAACGUUCACAAUAGCACAUGCUCGGCUAUAAUUCUUGGUCUGUAAAUAAUGUCCCAUUAUAACACCUGUGUUAUAUGAUACGUGUACACUUCUGCAUAUUAAAAAAUGUUCCUAGGAUGUAAACGAUA